GCUCGUGUUACCCGGAAUGAAGUGGAAACCUGAAGAAGUAAAAUAUUGUCUUGGGGAUGAAUCAACAGAUCCUAACAAUAAUAUUACCAUGACGAAUGAAGAUCUCUUGCAGCCUGGCCACGUUGUGAAGGAAAGAUGGAGAGUGGUACGAAAAAUAGGAGGUGGUGGCUUUGGAGAAAUUUACGAAGGGCUAGACUUAGCCACUCGGGAACAAGUGGCCUUGAAAGUAGAAUCUUCUCGCCAACCAAAGCAGGUUUUGAAGAUGGAAGUUGCUGUCUUAAAAAAGCUUCAAGGGAAAGAACAUAUCUGCAGAUUUAUAGGAUGUGGCCGCAAUGAGAGGUUUAAUUAUGUAGUAAUGCAAUUGCAAGGUAAAAAUCUUGCUGAGCUCCGCCGAGCUCAAGAACGUGCAGCAUUUUCUCUUUCAACUACACUAAGGCUAGGCCUACAGAUAUUAAAAGCAAUUGAAAGUAUUCACCAAGUGGGUUUCCUACAUAGAGAUAUCAAACCAUCAAACUUUUCGAUUGGUCGAUUUCCUCAUAACAGCAGAAGAGUGUAUAUGCUUGAUUUUGGUUUGGCUCGUCAAUAUACUACUACUACCGGAGAAGUGAGAGCUCCUAGAGCAGCUGCUGGAUUUCGAGGCACUGUUAGAUAUGCAUCAAUUAAUGCACAUAAAAAUAAGGAAAUGGGGCGUCAUGAUGACCUGUGGUCAUUGUUUUACAUGUUGGUAGAGUUUGUAAAUGGUCAGUUGCCAUGGAGGAAAAUCAAGGAUAAAGAACAAGUGGGUUUAAUGAAAGAGAGAUAUGACCACCGUCUUUUGCUCAAACAUCUACCAUCAGACUUAAGACAAUUUUUAGAACAUGUCCAGAGCCUAGAGUAUGCUGAUAAACCUGAUUAUGCCAUGUUAAUGGGAUUAUUUGAAAGAUGUAUGAAGAGACGAGGUGUCAAAGAAAACGACCCGUAUGACUGGGAAAAGACUGGAAACGCUGUUGACAAUGCACUUCCGCCUACUAAUACUUCCACAUCACCAGCUAUUAUUAGUCGCACUGCACCAGGUGCUCAUGUUGGCCAUCAUGGCACAAACAAUAACCAAGAAAAUAUUGAACCAGAUAAUAAAAAGGAAUUAGAGGCCCAGUUAGACUCAGCUGCAAACUUGAGAAGGUGGCUUAGACUUCACCCUUCCCAACAAGAAACAACUACUCCACCUCUCAGUGGAGAAACAAAUCGAGAUAAUAUGGUGAUUGAUAAAAACUGCAAUGCCACACAGCAGUCCGAUCUCAAUAGUUCGCAAGCCCAGCAGCAAGUAGGGUCUCCUAAGAAACAGUAUCCUCAGAGAAGAGUUGUUUCUAUGGUUGGAGUUGGGGCCUUGGACAGCCUUGAAGCACGGUACUCUGGUUUGCAAAGUACAACACCAAAUCAUACUGAAAAAGGUAUUGAUUGUGAAGGUGAUGCAGUAAUGGCAUCUGCUCGCUCACAAUCUGAUCGUGCCCGGAAGGUUGCUGGCGCUAAUCAAAAUCAGUCUCGCAAAUCAAGUGGCGCCACUUUUGGGAGGCUAAGAGUCGUCACAGCACCUGCCACUUGCGUUCAGGAUCUUGGAAACCCAAAGCUGCCGAGUAAUGGGAGUGUAGCUGCAGAUGGAGAGACAGCCAGUGGUCCAGCUCAGACACCUGGGUCAAACACUCCUGGCGCCAGCACACCUGCUGAUGUAGAGUUGCCAAGCCCUCGUGUAAGAGAAUCUACUACUGAGGCAGAUUAUUCGUAUGAUACAAAGCCAGAAUCCUCUGCUGGUGGAGGGGCAGGUGGCUCACCAGUGACAGAUCAGAGAGAACCUUUACGUGAGAGAUCAGCUUCGAGAGAGCAUCGUCAAAGACGAGCUGUUUCUGCAAGUAGGCCUGUAAGCUGUAAAUUUAACAACAGAGAUGCUUCAUUUACACAAUUUGCUGUAAUAGAUGAUGACAAUGUGUCAGCUCUUCAGCAAGUGACUCGAGGGGGUGGAGGUCUCACCUUGGCUUCUCAGUGGAAAUCACAAUUUGAUGAUUCUGAGGAAACUGACAAUGAAUGGAGGGGAGAAAAUCUUCAAAGUCCGGAGCACCGUCAUAAUACAUCUUCACAGGCUGCAUUUCCCAUUGAUGGAGCUACCACAGCCUCUUUAGCAAUGAGUGAACCAACCAAACCUUCAGCCAUGCCAAACAACACAUCUCAGGUCACUGCAAGCCAAGCAACUGUCACUGUUCCUUCAGCAAAAGGAAAUACAGCUCAGCAAUUAAGUCGUAUCAGUGAAGAUUCAAAACAAAGCCAUCUUCUCUCACAACAG